GGGCGAUGCUAAAAAUUGUCGCAUACUUUUGACCCUGAAACGGGGGAGCUCAUUCUUUUCCCCUGCAACGCUUGCUUUGACUUACCUCAUCUACCUAUUAAUAUAUAUCGAGUUUCCCAAUAUGUCAUCCAACCAUGCCACUCUCGACGCGGCGGCAACAGAACGCAAAGCUCGACUUGCAAAGCUCGCGGCGCUUAAAAGAAAGCAACCAGAGCCAGAGCCAUUAACAGAACCCAACGAUAAAGAUAACGAGCUGGAAGAUGCUGCCCCCGAUGUCACGACCAAAUUUCUUUCCGGAAGAAACUAUGACGCAGAAACCCGUGGCCCAAAAUUAGGAUUUGACCAGGCCCCCGCAGACGGACAAAUUACGGUGGAAACACAGGCUACGGAAAUAGCUAAGGCAACUGCAGAACAAGCCAAGAAGGAUGAAGAGGCGGAUCAACCUAUAGAUCUCUUCAAACUUCAACCGAAGAAGCCCAAUUGGGAUCUAAAACGGGAUCUAGACGAGAAAUUAACCACUCUCAAUGUGAGGACGCAAAACGCAAUUGCAAGGCUCGUGCGACAGAGGAUAGAAAAUGCGCAGCGUGCGGUGAAGGGUAAAGAUGCGGGGGCCAAUGGAGGCCAGACAGGAGAGGAAGUAGGCAUAGAGGGCGAAAUGUUGGUCGAGGGCAUACAUGUACGUGAGAGGGAGGAUGAAGAUGAACGGAGGGAAAGCGAGGAAGACGACCUGGCAUGAUCUUGAUACCCUACCAGAGGUGUGAUUAUAGGUAUUUUGCGAUCCUUUGUUCUUUCUACAUCCGGUUUUUAAGGCGCUCGCUGUUGGGUCUGGCAAUGCGCAUCGAAAAGGCGUUGAGGACAUUUUGCGUUCUAUUAUGUGGACACC